CCCCUGAGCCCGGCCCUGCCGCACCGAGCGGCCCCGGGGCCGCUGCCAUGGAGCUGCCGGCCGUCAGCCUCAAGGCUAUCAUUCUGGUACAUUGGCUGCUCACAGUGUGGGGAAGCAUGAAUUACAUGUUGCCACUCUCCUAUGCCUGGGGAAAUUUCAGUGUCCUUGCAGUGGGGAUCUGGGCCAUUGUGCAGCGAGAUUCCCUUGAUGCCAUAACGAUGCUCUUGACUGGCCUGCUGCUCACAGUCCUGACAGACAUCAUUCACAUCUCUAUCUUCUACCCUGCACACGACUUCCUCAGCGAUGCGAAGCGUUUCAGUAUAGGCAUGGCCAUCUUCAGCCUCCUCCUCAAGCCUGUGUCCUGCUAUUUGGUGUAUCGAAUGUAUCGGGAGCGUGGAGGAGAGUACACCUUUAACAUAGGUGUCACCAGUGGAGGCCAGGACCACAGCACCUACGAGCCCAUUGAUCAGCCAGACACGCCUCCACAGUGGCCUUCCUCAAGCAAGGCAGCCCAGCCGCCCUACUGAGGCACCCUGCAGCCCAGGACAGACACUGCUCCUGCCCAGCUAAGCUUUCCACUCUUCCCAUUGAGCAGCACCUGCUCCUGGGAAGAUAGGAGAAGAUCUGAUAUUUCUUUUGCCUACCUGAAGGCUAGGCAGAUGGGUUCUGCAGUAAGUCCAGAAGAUCUUGGAGGUGUCAUGUUAAGCACUGUGUAAUCCCAGUACUCUCCUUUCUUCCCUCCUCUAAAUCCCUCCUCUGUACAUGUGACUGGAUGCACUUUCUGCAGUCAUCCAAUCUUCCAUUGUGCCUCCUCUUCUUUAUAAAAGAACCACUCAAAGUACUCCUGGACAAGCAAUCUUUAAAAGGCUUAUGGACUGCCCUAAAACAAUACAGUGUAGCCUGAUUUUAUGCAGAUAUAUUUCCAGGAAACAUCUAGGAGUUCUCAAGAGCUGUUUUUGAUGGCAUUAUUUAACUUCUUGUGCUCCCAGUAUCUGGUAUUGGGUUUCAUUAACUGAUGCUUUUACGCAAGUUGAAUGUCCUUCAGGAUACUUAAAAUGACUGUUGAAUGUAGUGCCUUUGUGCCUUGAAAAAUCCUUUUGCCUUCAGCUGCUUGUCAUAACAGAACUUGAAAUGUUACAUUUUUCUAAGAAAACUAUAAAAUGAACACAGUUUUUCUGUGUUAGAAAAAGUUACGCUGGUCACUUAUGUCUCAUUUGAAAAUGUAGCUUUUCCUGAGGGCUUGGGACUGUAGCCAGGCAGUCUGGGAGGGUCAUUAUGGGGGAAGGUCUACAGGGCUCUGAUGGCUUUUAGCCUAAGCUUUACUCUGGAUAGUAGAAGAUUCUGCAUAUAAUUGCAUGGGUGGGAAGAUAGGCUAGUAAAAUGUGGAUUGAGGAAAGAUGGACUUACUUACAUUGUAGAUGUGAGUUCCAUUGGGUGUGACAGACUGUAGACUCUUGUUAUGCAGGAUAUAAAUCUGUCAUGGCUUUCAGGUAAGAUUGUAAAAAAAGAAAACCAACCAAACAAAACCCCAGAAGCAAGCAAACAACCAAAUUUCAACCAAAUUCAUUUACAGAAGAAAAUGAGUGUGAUGGCUUUGGCAGAAUUCUAGGGCUAAGAAGAUAGGUAUUUUUCUGAAGCAAGUUCAUUGUCAAAGUUUACAUCUGUGAUUUUACAACUGCAUUUCUCUGGACAAGACCUUCUGCUGUGUUGAUUCUUCAGUAACCAAGACCCCUGUUGACUUUGCUUUAACCUCCAGAAGCAUGCCAUUUGUAUUUUUAAAACCAAGUAGUUUUCUCCCAACUUUGAUCACCUCAAACGUAAGCAGAUGCUUCCUCUACUCUGCUGCACAAGCACUACAUUGGUGUACCUGAACCAAGUACAUGGUAAAUGCCAUAGAAGUCUUGUACAUUCUUUUUACAGGCUUUGCACAUAAUAGGGCACAAGAAUAGGAAUUGGUCUGUUCUUGUGAUUAGAUGGCAAAGAAGGAAAGAGUAGGCAGAAAUUGCUGGGGCUUGUGGAGUUCCAGAGCCUUUAUGUGAAUGGGUUUUUCAGCUCUUUAGAACUGUACAGUGACAGCACAGAGCCCUGAAUAAGAUGUUUAAAUGCUCAGGGGAUUUUUUUACCUAGACUCAUGGACCACAGACUGAAAAUCACUGCUUUUAAUGCUGUGGGGUGUGGGUGUUGGCACAGUCAGUUAUAUCUAGGGAGGCCUUCCCAGAUGUUAUACAUUGGAAAUACCCAUCUAGCUGACCUGCCAUGCAUUUUUCUGUGGAAAAUUUUGUACAUUUGGGAGCUCUGAGAAGCAGAGCAAGGCACAAGUAACACUGAUCUUACAGUGCCUCAAGGAUACCUAUUUUGGGCAGUAAAUCAGAGGUGAUGAUAAAAACAGACCCCUGAUGCCAUUGAGGCAGGAUGGUAUGUAAGAACUCCAGUUCAGAAGGCUAGAGAGUAAAACUCUGAUUUAUUUCAAAUACUUUAUAGAGUAUUUUAUAGAGAGCAUUGUCCAGACCAAUUUCAUUGGUCACAGAGUAAAAACAUCUUACCCCAUUGGUGUGCAGUGAAUAACGCUCAGUGGCAGAACUUAUUUAUAAACAAUGUGAUCAACAAGAGAGAUAAAGAAUUAUUUACAUUCUUUCCCAA